AGUCCGAUCCGAUCGAGUGACCCCCAUUUGGACGGGCGUUUCUCUUCAGUCUUCACCCUGGCAGGAGUAUUUUACACGGAUUCAGCAUGCUGCACCACCCUAUUUCACAUGAUCUCUGACUCCCUUCCCAUUUCCAACCCCCAUUAGCCGACAGUGCCAUGUCCAAUUUACCAAACCUGUCCUUCAUCUCUACAUCUUUCCGAGGCUAAAAUUGGUAGUUCACACAGCCCCCCCAGUGAGGCAGUAACGGCCUUAAGGGAAUCUUUGCCACUUAAAACCUAAAUACACAGAGUGGCAAGUGGCUUCAUCCAAGGAGAAAAAUUUUCAUUUCCUUUUUUUUCCCUUCUUCUGCAGGAACAAAACAACUGAUGAGACCAGAUCACCAGCUGAGUCGAUCACAAACAGGAUGGGUAAGUCAAAACAGCGAAAGAAAGACUCUUUGUUGACAACAUUAUCACAACUUAAAACAGUAAUCAAAGAGUGAGCAACCGAGUGAGUGAGUUGUAGAGAGAGAGAGUGUGUGUUUGUGUGUCAGAUAGAUCUAUACUAUAUAUCAUCUGUUUAUAUCUGCUACAAUGGCUUCCUAGAAGGGUUGACAGAGAUGGGGAAGACAAGCAAAUGGAUCAGAAGCUUCUUAACGGGGAAGAAAGAUAAGGAGAAGGAAAGAGAAAGAGAGAAAGAGAAGGAGAAGGCCAGUACCAAGAAGCCUUCAUCACUUCCUACUGAGAAUCCAACCACGCCAAUUUCAAUUCCUCCUAGUACACCAAAAGAGAAACGCAGAUGGAGUUUCAGGAGACCAGCAGCCACAGCUGCAGCUCCCAAGGAUUGGAAUUCCACAGACUCGGCUGCUGCCGCCACGCCAGCGGUACAGGCCAUUCUUGAAUCUGAGAAUGAGCAAAAGAAGCAUGCCAUGGCUGUGGCGGCCGCUACAGCUGCUGCUGCUGAUGCAGCAGUCGCAGCUGCACAGGUUGCUGCUGCUGUGAUCCGCCUCACAGCUGCUGCCACAAGGCCCAGUGCGGUUGAAGAGGCUGCCGCCAUCAAGAUUCAAGCUGUCUUCCGUUCCUACCUGGCAAGAAAAGCAUUACGUGCAUUGAAAGGAUUGGUGAAGUUGCAGGCGUUGGUGAGGGCGCACUUGGUGAGGAAACAGGCCACUGCUACUCUCCGGUGCAUGCAGGCAUUGGUGACAGUUCAGGCCAGAGCUAGGGCCCAGAGGAUCCGGAUGGCUGAGGAAGCACAAUCUACCCCUCAAAGACAAUUCACUCCCAGAAAAUCCUUACAGGACAACCGGUUCAGACAAGCAUACAAUGAGAUGGAUAGAGGAAUAGAGGAGAACAUUAAGAUUGUGGAGAUGGAUAUUGGUGAAUCGAGGGCAAGUUCAAAGAGCAGGAAUGGCUAUUCCAACCACCCGCAAAUUGAACGGGCAGAUCAAAGGUUUUCAAUAUAUUAUGCUGGAAACCGUGCAAACGCAAAGCAAGAACAUCAACUCCAGAUGUCACCGGCUCCAUCAGCCUUGACCGAUAUGAGCCCAAGAGUCUGCAGUGGGCAUUUUGAGGAGUAUUCUUUCCUCACAACACAGAGCAGUCCCCAAUGCUACUCGGCUGUGGCCAAACCAGACCCAACAAUGGCCCCUUUUGCCUUUCCACGGUCAGAGUACGCAGAUUCUGUGUCCAAUGACUACCCAUUCUUUCCACAUUACAUGGCCAAUACGGAAUCUUCCAAGGCAAAAGUCCGGUCGCAGAGUGCACCUAAACAACGACCUGAUUCCUACGAGAGACAACCCAGCAGACGGAGAGCAUCCAUGGAAGGAAGGAAUAUCCCAAGGAGCAUUCGUAUGCAGCGUUCAUCUUCCCAUGUGGGGUCUACCAUUCAUGGAUACCAAUACCCAUGGUCAAUUAAGCUUGAUAGGUCCACAGUAUCUCUCAAGGAAAGCGAAUGUGGUUCUACCAGUACAGUUCUCACAAAUACCAACUACUGCAGAUCUUUUGUUGGAUAUGAGGUACAAGGGAAUAGGUACUGAACGGACGGUUCAUCCUUUUCCGCCAUUAGAAACUGGAACUAAUGCCGCCACUGAACCACAUGGAAGAACCAAGAACAUGACAACUGAUCCCAGAAUGAAAGAAUAUUAUCCACCAAUAGAGUUUAAUUUAUUUGGGGUAGGACCGUAGGAAGCUAUAAGGCGCUUAAACUACUGAUUAUAUUAGAUAUGAUGAUUCAGUGCCAAGGCAGCCCUUUGAAUCGAACUCCCUUUUGUAACGUCCAACUUCUGCUUUUGGGUGUUUCCACUUCCACAUGUUUUUAAUUUAUAGCUUAGUAUUAGGAGUUUAACGAGAACGAACAAUAAGGGAACUGAACUGCAACUCUGCUAGGACUACAGGUUUAAGCGCAUUUCUAAUUCAUCCCAAAUGUAAUCUGUUGAAACUUGAAAGUAAUGUAACGAGGGAUUAUCAUUCUUUUUUGGGAAUUAGAACCAGCUCAAUUUCUGUACCACGGGGUCGAGCCAUCCAGGAAUUCUUCUAUUUCUUCGACUGCAGAGUGCAGUCCACUUGCACCAUUGUACUGCUUGAUAUUUUCAUGUCAGAGUUCUGUAAAUGCCAUCUCAUCAUCCUUCGAGCUUGAUGACAGCAGUGGAACUAUUUUAUAGGCCUCAUGAUUUUGAUCUAUGGGUCUCCUGUUCAAUGAGGUGAAUCUCUCUACUCUGGUUA